AUGGCCGGCAAAAAUAAAGGUGUCCAGGCUCUCCUCAAUGAAAAAAAUUAUUUGGCCUUAUUUGUUCCAAGUAAUAGUAAUACUAGAUGGUCAUCGAAAAAUCAAGCUAUAAGUGCUUUAUACUCGGAACUGCCCAAUGUCAUUAAGGCAUUAACUGAAAUAGAGAAUUCCCAUAUAAAUCCCGAGAGCUCAUCUACAGCAAAUUCUCUUUUAAAACAAAUAGAUUAUGAAUUUAUUUGUCAAUUAGUUAUGUGGGAGCAUAUAUUGUCCAAAUUUGACAGAAUAAAUAUUGCCAUUCAAAGAAAAAAUAUGGACUUGACAUCUGUCAGUAAGCUAUUGGAAAGUUUAAAAGAAGACACCAAAGAACUAAGGAAUACAGGAUUUGAUGAAGUCUACCAGCAAGCUUUAAUUAUUUGUGAUCAAAUGGGUAUUGAUACGGAUUUUAAAAACAAAAGGAAACGAACAAUUAAAAAAGUGUCUAUAGAUGAAAGCACCGAUGAAAACUACACCCUGACAGAAAAAGAAAGGUUCAAAAUACUUUAUAUAGAAGUUUUAGACAGAAUCUACAACGAGAUAGAAUGGCGUUUUGAAACUUUGAAUAAAGUGGCUGCUGACUUUGAAUUUUUAUCAGGUCAAUUUUUGAUCACUCAAAAAAUAGAUCAGUUAAAAAAACAUUCUGCAGAUUUGGCACUGAAGUAUUCCAAUGAUCUUAACGCAAACGAGUUAUAUGAAGAAAUAGUUAGUGCAAGAAACUUACUAAAGACUAUAAAGUUAUCUGACGCCUCAAAAAUGUUACAUUUAGACAUUUUGCAAUUAAUAAUUGAUUAUAAUUUACUACCCAGUUGCCCAAAUAUGUCUGUUGCUUACCGAAUAUACUUAACGAUACCAGUUACCUCUGCUUCGUGCGAGAGAUCAUUCAGUAAAUUAAAACUUAUUAAAAAUUAUCUACGUUCAACUAUGGCACAAAAAAGGCUCAGUAACCUUGCAUUAAUCGCAAUUGAAAAAUCUAUAGCAAGAAGUCUGAAAUAUGAUGAACUAGUUAAUGAGUUUGCCAAUGUGAAGGCCAGGAAG